AUGUCGGGUGGCUUCGUAAUACCGGGGCUUGGCCAAGCAAAACCCAAUGAAACGCUUCCAGUCGCCAGCUUCGCCUCCGAGGCGCCCUCCAAGACGGGCUCCGAAGCAGAACAGCCUUUCACCAAAAAUCAAGUGGGGAGUUAUAAGCGAUCCAGCGAAGAUGCCAUGCACGUGGACUCAUCUGAGCCUUCCGAGUCCAAGCACGCCGCCGACGCAAGCACCUCUGCGGCCCUGCCGGUCAACGAGGAUUCGAUGGACGUCGACGACAGUACACAGGGCACAGCUCCUAUUCAGGCCUCCGCGGUAGCAAACGACGGGCAAAGCCAUCAGUCUCACCCAGCUACAGGCGCACCGGCUGCCGAGAAAAACACAACCCAUACGACCACAAACCCUCACGCAGGUGAGGGCAGCGAUGGCAUGGAAGACUCAGUACACGUGACAGACGCUCUCGACGCAGCGCUGCUCGCAAUGUCCCAACCAAAGCUGGAGGACCUGGGACCGACGACGGAAGCAAUAGUACAAGCUCAAGCGCCCACCACAACCACUGAGCCAGUCGCGCAAGAGGGCACCGCAGCAGAGUGGGAAGCUGAUUCAUCUCCAUAUGAGUCUUCCAGCGACUCCAGCAGCUCAGAUGACUCCUCAGAUGAUGACUCUGAGGCUGGUGCUAUGGGUCUAGAAGAAACAGUGCGUAUGCUCAUGGCGAAUGGUGACGACUCGGACGCCGACAGUGAUGCUGGCGGUGAUGGCAAGAACGGCGGUAACGCCCGGCAAGUGCGGUCUAAGAACGAACAGCCUGACUGGGUUCCUCCGAAGCCCGAGGUCACUAUAAGCGAAGACAUGGAGAUCCUGCCUUUGGGCUCUGUCUUCAGGAUUGUGGGCAAUACGGUGUUGAUUCAAUCUGGCGCCGACGGCGAGGAACGAGUCUUGGACAUUGAGACUGCCGUUUGCCGUGCUGAUAGGUCCAUAAUUGCGGCGAUUGCCGAUGUCAUCGGUUCCGUGCUUCGUCCUAUAUAUAUCCUUCGAUUUGCAACAUCCGAGGAUGUCGAAAAAGAGGGUCUUGCCAAGGAUAUGCCAGUGUUUUACUCGCCCCAGCACGCACAAGUGGUCUUGACACGAGCCCUACGCCAACAAAAGGGAUACGACGCCAGCAACCUACAUGACGAGGAGAUUCCUAUGGAGGAGCAGGAGUUCUCUGAUGAUGAACAGGAGCAGGCACACAAGCGGCAGCAAAAGAUGAAGAAGAAGAAUAACCGUGGUGGUGGUCGCGGUGGCCGCGGAGGCGCUCAGAACCGAGAAAUGAGUUCUGGUCAUCAUAGUUCAUCAAACGGGGCGGUAGCGAACGCAGACAUCGGGCUGAACUAUGACGACGAUGACGACGGUCCUUACAAGCCCCUCUCCAGGCCAGUAAACUUCGGUAUGGGUGCUCCACCGUCGUUUGAAGGAGCUACCGGUAGCGAUCGUGGCGGGGAGCGAGACAACUUCCGUGAUCGCGGGCGCGGGCGCGGUCGCGGAAACCGAGGCGGGUUCAGAGGCGGACGUGGAGGAAGCGGAGGGGGAUACGCGAACGGCUACUCAAAACCGCAGCAGGACCGUUAUCCAAACUAUGACCAACAGCAGCAACAGGGCCCCCAGCCGCAACCCGCAGCUCCUUACCAGUGGAUGCCACCUCCACCACCGAUCAUGUUCAAUUCUGCACCGCAACAUGCUCAACAAGGAGGCGGCGCCAUGCCGUUCGCAUUUCCCCCUUUCCCUCCGCCGGUACACCAAUUUGGCGGGAACCCUCAACCAGCACCACCCUUGGGACAGCAUGCUCCUCCGCCUGUUGCGCCUCCUGCUGGCCAACCUCAGGCAAACUGGCAGGCAAUGGCGGCGUUGUAUGCCAACCCGGCGUUCCAGCAAGCCCUUAGGGAAGCGCAGCAACAACAACAACAACAACAACAACAACAACAACCGCCACAAGGCCAUCCCGGCCGGGGUCAAAACCCUGGUGCCCCCUAG